CAGUCAGCAGGGAGAUCAUCUUGAAGGACUGGAGGAGGUUGAUGUCACCAAGAUGCCAGUGACUGGUGUCCCUGUGAAGAGUGAAGAUGAUGAGGUCAAAGGUGAAAGUGAGGAGAAGAGAGAGGCGGAGCCUCCAAGCAGCAGCUCAACACAACACAUGACAACAGAAGCUGAUGGAGACCACUGUGGAGGAUCACAAGCAGACAAGAUCUUAGCUCCACUAUCAGAUAGUGAGGACACAACGUCACACUCUCCUGACACUGAUGAUGAAGACUCUAAAGAUGAUGCAACAUGUCACACUGACAACACUCACUUCACAUGUUCUCACUGUCACAAAACUUUUAAAUACCAUAGUGAUCUGAAAACACACACAAGAAGACACACUGGAGAAAAACCUUUUUCUUGUUCAUUCUGUGGUAAAGGUUUCACACAAAGGCAAUCUUUGAAAAUACACAUGAGAGCACACACUGGUGAAAAACCCUUUUCCUGUUCAACCUGUGGUAAAGGUUUUACACAUAGUCAACAUUUGAAAGUACACAUGAGAAUACACACUGGUGAAAAACCUUUUUCCUGUUCAACUUGUGGUAAAGGUUUUACACAAAGUCAGAGUUUGAAAAGACACAAGAGAACACACACAGGUGAAAAACCUUUUAUCUGUUCAAUCUGUAGUAAAGGUUUUAGACAAAGUCAAUAUUUGAAAGUACACAUGAGAACACACACUGGUGAAAAACCUUCUUCCUGUUCAAUCUGUGGUAAAGGGUUUACACAAAGUCAAUCUUUGAAAGAACACAUGAGAACACACACUAGUGAAAAAAACUUUUCCUGUUCAACUUGUGGUAAAGGUUUUACACAAAGUCAACAUUUGAAAAGACACAUGAGAAGACACCCAGGAGAGAAAGUGUUGAGUUGCAGUGUGUGUGGUGAAAGAUUGUCUUCUAAGUACCAGUGUAAGAAACACAAGUGUGCUGGUGAGAACAGCAGCAGCAAAUGAAACUGCAGGAUUUGAAAUAAACUGUCAAGACUUUAAUGUUGACUUUCUAACAACAUCAGCAC